UGGAAGGAGGCGGCUGCGAGGAGGCUGUUUCUCUCUCCAAGCCUCUUUCCCGUCGUCUUUGUCUCGCGCCACUCUUUUGUUUAGCCAUGCCGAGCCUGCUGGUGCUCGCAGGGAUCAUGGAGAAAAACGGGGGCUACGGCGCCGAUCUGGCCGGCUCCGGCUUCGGGAGCGAGGCGGGUCUGCUGGGGACCCCCGACGACGACGAGGACGACUCCCGAGCCCUGAGGGUCGCGCUCGGCCAGCUGUCGCUCCUGGGGCUCGGCGAGGGCGAGGACGUUGGAGGAGGUGGAGGUGGAGGAGGUGGUGGAGGUAAUGUUGUUAUCGGCGGUGGUGGCGCUCCGGCGACCGGAGUGCAAGACCGGAGCAACAACAACAACAACCACCACAAUAGUGCAGGAGGAGGAAUUGGAGGAAUCGGUGGAAUUGGAGGCGGAGGGGACGCGUCGAUCCUCCAAGGCAAGAGCAAGUUGUGCGCCCUGUACGAGGGCUCGUCCGGGGAGCCCAAAGGACGCGGCUGCAACAUCACCGAAUGCGUCCCGGUGCCCAGCUCCGAGCAUGUGGCCGAGAUAGUGGGCAGGCAAGGUUGCAAGAUAAAAGCCUUGCGGGCCAAGACCAACACCUACAUCAAAACACCCGUGCGAGGCGAGGAGCCCGUGUUCCUGAUCACCGGCCGCAAGGAGGACGUGGCCCUCGCCCGCCGCGAGAUCAUCUCGGCAGCCGAGCACUUCUCCAUGCUCCGGGCGUCACGCAACAAGCUGGGCGUGUCCUUUAGCGGCUCCCCGCCUACCCCGCUCCCGGGCCAGACCACCAUCCAGGUGAGGGUGCCGUACCGAGUGGUGGGGCUGGUGGUGGGCCCUAAAGGUUCCACCAUCAAGCGCAUCCAGCAGCAGACGUGCACGUACAUUGUCACCCCAAGCCGGGACCGGGACCCCGUCUUUGAGAUCACUGGGUCGCCCAGCAACGCCGAGCGAGCCCGCGAGGAGAUCGAGGCGCACAUCGCCUUCCGGACAGGAGGCCUGCACGACCACAACAACGAGAACGACUGCCUGGGACCCAAUGGCGGGAGCAGUCCCGCAGGGAGCAGCAGCAGCGGGGGCGGCGGCCUGGAGAGUCGACUCCAGCAAGUGUGGGGCCUCCAGGGAGGUCAGCGGAAACCUCUCACCAGCAGCUACCGCCAAAACUUCUCCGAUGCCCUCGGUGGAGGAGGAGGGGGAGGAGGAGGAGGAGGAGGAGGAGGAGGGGGAGGGGGUGGCGAGGGUGUCGGGAUCUACAAUAAGGGCAACUUCUCCAGCUCUGAGAAGCCCUGCUCCUUUUUUGGUUCUGAGGGCACCCAGAGUUGGGGCGACCCAGACUACCCCAAGCAGAUGGCUUUCUACGCUCAGCAGCGAUCCAAGAGCUUCGGAGGGCUCCCGCUGCCCCUCACCAGACUCUCGCCGGGGCUCCCGGAGCCGCCCGCCAACUCGUCCGUCACCGGCAUGGUGUCGGGGUCGCCCCACGCGCAGGCUCGCCGUGCCCACAGUGAGCCCACCUCAGUGGGGGAGGGCGGCUUUCCCGGGCGGCUCCCCGUGCCGGACUCGCCGCCGGCCGUGCGGGACUGCAUGACCUGCUUUGAGAGCAAAGUGACGGCCGCUCUGGUGCCCUGUGGCCACAACCUCUUCUGCAUGGAGUGCGCCAUACGAAUCUGUGAGCUCAACCACCCCGAGUGCCCCGUGUGCCACACGCAGGUCUCGCAGGCCAUCCGAAUAUUCUCCUAAGGAACCAUGUCCCCUUUUUAGCCAGUUUUUUUGGUCUCUCGUUUGUCGGUCGGCUAAUUAGUUGCUCUUAUUACAGUUGUUAUUCUUCUUCUUAUUCCUAUUGUUGCGAUACAUUUUUCAUUUUUCAGAAAAAUUUAAAAACAAACAAGCAGCUAUUUUAGAAGGCACUGCUUGCUUUACUAAAAUGUAUAAGAAAUAUUUUUCAGUUUUUCUUUUAUAUACAUAUAUAUGCAUAUAUAUUUUAUAAAAGUUUUGUUUAUAAGAGAAGUAUAGUACCUUUUCAGGUUUUGAUUUUUUCAGUUUUUUGUUUUUUUUUAUGAUAGGACUGCUACUGUUAUUCCUGAACGCAGAAUCACAGUGUAGGCCGACAUAAUGUGAACAUUUUUAUUAUUAUUCCAAUUUUUUUAUUUUGUAUUAUCAUGUUACCAUAAGGUAGGUUUAUAUGGAAAGAAGAUGGUUCAACUCACACCGCACCAUACAAUCAUCUCGGGUCUAAAAUAGGGUUGUCAAUCACACUUUUUUGAUGGCAAAUGAAUACUUUUAUUGUGCUUUGACAAUAGAAAAUGUGAAUAGAUUUUAGUCAAAGCACUUCUCCCGUACUUAUACUCUUCUUUUUUUUUUUUGGGUAGGACUUCACACUAUUUAUUCUCCAUUUUAUCGGUGCCAUUGUUCAAGGCGCCGGCUCCUAAAAUGAGCGAAUCUCAACGGGGUGGUCAUUGAUUACGCAUGGCUCGCUGUAAUCUUCUGAAAAGACUCAGUCUUCCCGCCUUCCCCUCGUAGCUUAAAGCACUGAUUUAAUUUGCCCAGCAACCCCCCCACCCCCAAAGAGCCUUUGGAAUCAGUCCAGUUGGCCACGACCAACCCCCUUAACGCCACUCCGAGCCACCACCUUUUUGUUAUUAAUACUUUUGUCGCUAGACAAUGUGAGCAAACCUCACGCAAAUAAGAAGACGGUAUUUUUUUUGUAUCAGGCGUCUAGCUGGAGCAGGUGUGUGAAUAUCUUGUCUGACCCCCCCGGACCGCUUACAGUGUGACUUCUUACAGUCCCUCCCUUGGACUGAGGGGCGUUAUUGUCUGGGGGCGCUCGGACAGCGGGGCCUGGCGGACACUCUUUUAAUAAUUACGCAAAUGGGCCGCUCCAGGUGUGGACCGGAGGGGAGAAUUAAACCCCCAAUUCCCCCGCCCUCCAUUGCACCCCUCCCCCUACCCAUCUUUUGUCUACACCAACGUACAAGAUUUGAAAGCUACAAUGUUGAUGAAAAUCAUGUGACCAUGUUAAAAAAAUGGCCCUAUCACAUGAGGUGUAGUGUGACCCCCCCCCCCCCCCCCCACCACCACCCAACUCCCUGCCUAGCCCCCUUAGCGUAGUCCCACUCCCCUCUCUCUCACACACACCAACUGUGAAAUUCAAAAAGGGUUUACGUGACAGAUCCAAAUAGGCCAACCCGCCGACCCCUCCCUGGCUACUGUAAGGGACACCCAGCAGCUGCCCCUUCACUAUGGACACUGGGGCCCCAGCCAAUAGUAGACCCCCCCCCCCCCACUCCACCCCGCCCUAGUGUGAAUGAAAUCAGAAUUGUAAUUGACAGGAAAGCGAAGGAAACGCCCCAUUUAACCGGCACACACGCGGAAUCAAAUUACGCUCGGGCCCGAGCUUAAGGGGGGAGUACAUUGGGAGGGAGGAUGCACGGGUUAGGGUAAGGGCGGGGGGUUUUAAACUGUUGAAUAAAAGGGGGAGGGAAGGUGCCUUGUAGGGUGGGGGGGGGGGGGGGGUUAACUAGGAGUGGGAAUGGUAGAGUAACUACGGCAAACCCUCCUAUCCCAAUUACGUGAUCAUGGAUGUAUUGAUAGCUAUGAUACGUCACAAAAUCUACAGCACAAUAAACAUGAAAAGCCACUUGUUUUUUUCCCCACCACGAAAUACUUCAAAAUUUUGAUGAUGUCAUGGCAUUGCCGCAAGCACUUCCCAUCAGCGUCCAAUCAGAUUGCUCGCCCGUCUAUGCUGCUCCCAGCCACAAGGAAGCAUACUUACGCAUUAUCUGUGGCCUGCUGUGAUACGUCAGAAAGUGAAAAGUAUCGAUGCCUGAUGUUGGUGAUGUUAUCCAAUAUCCAUAUUGUAAUAAUGAUGCAAUGUAUCAUUUUAUUUAUAUGUUCUCCCACCCCUACAGAACAGCCUCGGGUUUUGGUUUCAAAUUGUGAUACCUGAUGUUUGUGUAUUAAUACUGGGAUAACAACGCGAUGUAUCGCAAUAUCACCUCGGCUUGAACCUUCAAACUGCUUUAAAGGAAUCAAAUAUCUAUAGUUGGUGAACCGAUCCUGGGAAAACAAUGUAAUAUCUUGCGAUACUGAUGCUUUGCCCCAUCCCUAGAGAACAUGUACCGCCUCGGCUUGAGCCUUCAAAUUGUGAUACCUAAUGUUUGUGCAUCGAUACUGAGAUGAUGGGAUGUAUUGCGAUAUCACCUCAGCUUGAACCUUCAAAUGAUUUUAAAAGGUACCGGGUCUCGAUAUCUUAUGGCAGUCAUCAAUACUGGGGUGAUGAUGCAAUGUAUUGCGAUAUCACUACUUUGUCCCACACCUACAGACAUGUAUCGCCAAAACAUGACCCUUCAAACAGUUUUUAAGGUGUCAAGUAUCGACACCUAAUUUUGGUUUAUCCAUAAAGGGAUACUGAUGCAAUAUUUUGCGAUAUUGAUACUGUGGCCCAUCCCGAGUGAACGCAUAUCGCCUCGGGAUGAUUGUUUUUAAAGGUAUCAUGUAUCAAUACUUAAUGUUAUCUAUCAAUACUGUGAUAACAAUACAAUGUAUCGCAGUAUUAAUACUUUGUCCCACCCCGAGAGAACACAUCUGGCUUUUUUCUUUUUUUUUUUUUUUAAUUGUGUGCCAGCCCCAGCCCUCCCUCAAGAGAGACCCUCCCCCCCACCCUCCUCUUAAUAGCCAAACACAAAGCAGAGCACGUGCAACACUUACAAAAUAAAAGUACCUUACAUGCUAUGAAGACAGAGUAGAAAUAAAGAGUAUCAUUAUAUGGAGAAAUUGCACAUCACAGACAAAAAAAUAAUAAUUCUUAGUACUUUUGUUUCAUGCCUUAAUAUUACAUUUUUUUAAUUACAAUAUUGCCAUUUAGGCUGACAUGUUGGCCUUCCAUUGCACCACAAUUUAAAACAACUUUUCAAAGUAAAAGAAUGUGAAUGACACUUGGCUUAGGAGGGGAUUCAGGAAAUUAGUUCUUAGUUGUUAGAAAAUUGUUUUGUCGGGUCAAAUUGACCGUUUUAACAUGAAAGAAAAACAUUUCAAUCAUUUUUGGGUUAUGAACGCUCAGAUAUUGGCGAUGAAAUUGUUUGUAAUUGAGCCAAUAAUGAUACAUAAACAAUGGUGUUGUUUUUUUUUCUCGUUUUUGAGAUUCAGACUGACUUCUGGCUCAUUGAACAUGUCAUGAGUCAAAUAGACUCAAGAACGUUAUUGCUGUUCCUGAGAAACGAACCUAACAGCAGGGUUAAAAACACUUAAAAAAAAACAAACAAAAAAACACAAAAAAAACAAAAAAACAAAUGAAGAGUAAAGCACCUUAUUUACUAAGAAAAAAAAAGCGCAUUUGAUAAAUACCAAACCGACCACUGAUGGUGAUAUAUUUGAUAGAAUUUGAAAGACAUGCACAUAAGGAUUCCCUAUCAUUUUUGUUUACGUUGUAUUUCUUGUUGCUAUCAUGACGAGAGAGGGCUGCCUCUUUAUAUACACGAGUAUUCAAAGACUCUUUGUAAAUAAAUACACAUUUAUUUGCGCAUUGGACAUCUUGCUUCCACAAAGCUUUUUGAUUACUUCGCCGAUUUAGCACAGAAAAGAGAGAAAAUCUUUUAUUAUUGUGAUUAUAAUACACGUGACCCAUCACAUUUUGAUUCAAAUAGUAUAUGAGAUAGAUCCAUAUGUUUAACAAAUAUUAUUUAAAGGGUUUAACUUAGUAUUUCAUCAAAAUAUAUAAUCAGACGCUACUAUGAUAUCCUUUAUGAAGCCUCUACUGUAUAAAUCCCAGUGAAAUACGUUCAAGUUCUGAUGAAUUGUGUGUAAUAAUAAUAAUAAUGAUGAUAAUAAUAACCCCUGAAUGAAGACAAGUUUCUAUAUACAUUAAGAUGAAGCAAUAAACGGUAAUAUUUUAUUCAGACUACUUUGACUAUUAGCACUCGUCGCAGCUCUUUGAUUAGUAAAAAUAAAAAAUCUUCCAGGAUAACUGCUGUGCUCUUCAGGGUCUUCUUUUUGCGUGAUAAGUUGAAUAUUAAAGACUCAUUUCACGAUUUCUGAGCGGCACUGAGAUGCCUAACGGCGCUAAUGGUGCUAACAGGCGUCUUAGCUUUUAGCGUAGCUUCCAGACUUUGUCUCUGCUUUGUAUUAUGGUCGCAUGUAGCCAAAGACCAACGUAAGACCGGAGCCAACUAAGUGUUAAAAACGCGAUAUCAUACAUUGUGAAAGCGAAUCUGUGAAACAUAUCAGGUUUGGGUUGCCCAACAAUCUAAAAAUAGGCGCCAUGUAAAACGAGGACAAUUUUUAAGUUGACUAUGGAGUUUCCCACUGCAUGCUAGCAAGUUACCGUACCAUACAGCUAAGAUUUAUCCGCAUAAAAAAAAAAGCUUCACGACCUCAAGGCAAAUGUUUUUCCAAAUGGUAUAGAGUAUUUGCAGCGUAGUUUAAUCAAUACAUGAAAAUAGGAUUGUUAAAAAUAUGUGCGUAAGUUUCAUUUAUGCAGCUCGCGCCAGUAUGAAAUACUUCGGGUCGCGACAAGUGACUCGAAACGGGCGAUGGAGAUGACUCGUGGCGACUUUCGAGUCCUUAAGUUCUUCUUAGUAUUAUUUUUUAAGGAUAUUGUAAUAUAAUUUUUCUGUUCUAGUCAAAAUAGAAGCCGUUGAUGUUUUUUCUUGCUAUGAAAAUGGACUUUUAUGCAUUUAUGUAGAAUCCCUUUGAAGGAGUGAUAGGAAAUCCUUAUUCUCAAUGGAUGCACUUAAGCAAUUGUAACCAACUUUUUACAAAAAUCGAGCAAGUAACGCAUUUGAAUGUACGAAGAAAACAGUCAACUUAAUGCACUCAUUUUUUUAAUUACAAGCUUUAAGUUUUUGUUGCUUUUUGGAGGGGAAUUUUUGGGAAAGAAUUUGUGAUGAGUUUUCAAUAUAUUUGAGUUCUUCCGCAUACAUUUAUAGAAAGUAACUUAAAAUGACAUUAAAAAAAUACAGUUUUGUCAAAUCUAUUUUGCUAACAUUGGUUUUCAUUUCUUAGAACACAGAGAGUGGGGGUAAGGAAAAAAGUCAGUAUCUGGAUGUUAUUUAAGAAAACAAACCUAUUUAAAAGACCUUUUGUUUUUUAAUUCAAAUGACAAGAAGCUAAUAUAUUUCUAAACAAGAUGGGGGGGGAGUCAGUUUCUACGUAAAAAAAAAAAAAAAAAAAAAGUUUUAUUUAUGACAGUUACGGAUGCCGGACGACAAGUGCCGCAUUCACGACAGAAUAGAUUAUUUUUUAAGAAUUUGGAGAUAUUUUAGUCACAGAGCAUCAAUCUUGUGCCUCGAUUAUAUUAUUGUUAUUAUUUUUACGAUUAUUAUUAUUAUUCAUGUCCUACAUUAGUAAUUCCCCCUUGCCGCUCCCCCCUAUACACAUAUAUGCCUUCAACUGUAAGCCCAUGGUACUGACUGCAUUACACAUUUCCUCUGUGAUGAUCAAAAUCCAAAAUCAAGGUCUAGGUCUUGACUGCGUACAACUUAUUUCAAACAUCUACAACUCCACUUUUCUUUUUGAUUCACAGCGACAGAGCAGCUCGACGAAGGCCAACUUUUAGUGGGUUAGGCGGGCCCUCAAAAGCAAAACCGAGGCCCGGUGGUGUUCAAGAGGGCGCACUGCGUUAGUAGAUCAAUGUACUGUAACUAGAUAGCACACGUAACACACAACAGGCUCAUUACUGUACUAGUUUGCAUGUAUGUUGUGUGGUCACUUAGGAUAGAUUUUCAUAGUUGGGAGUGUUUUCGGAGGUCAAAAGGUGGCGAGUUUUGACGCCAGGCUGUACCGCAGUAAGUUGUACAAUUUACCCCCCCCAAAGGUAUUGAAACAGUGCUUUGUUGAAAACAAAUAAUCACAAAAUAAUGCUGAAGUUGUUUAUUCGCUAAAUACCUGGAAAUAAUAGCCAAUGCAUCAAAAGAAAAUGUUUCAGUCUAGCAGGGGUGUUAGGACUCAUUUUGGCCAAAUUGUACUUUUUUUUUUUUUCUCAAAACAAGCUGAAUUUGAAAUCAGAAGUCAUGGAAAAUAGUGACAGGCAAAUAUAAGACCCACAGAAUAUUGUGUUCUUUGGCAAUAUAGGCACCAAACCUAGCAAAAGAAGGAGUAGAGUAUUUUCUUUCACCAGAAAAAUAAUUAGUUUCUAGCGUUUUCUGUUGUGUAGGAAUCAGCAAUAGAACAAAGGUUGGUUUCACCAAAAACACGUUUCUGACCAUAAAUCUGAGAAAAUGCGCAUGCAAAGAAACAUGCCAAGCAGAUCAGGGACUCUGACGCCAAUAUUCUUUGCUCCAGUGACACCUCAAACUAUAAACCAACAGAAACAAGACUGAGAGAGGGCUUUUGAUGGCAAAAUAAAAACCUAUUUACGGAUGUACAACUAUGAAACCAACCGUGAGAAACCCUGACUCACCGCACGGCUCGAGUUCAAUGUCAGUGGCUUUUUUACAUGCCGUUCGCCAUUAACUCCAUGAACUGAGUCAUAUUUUUCUCACAAUUGCAACAUACACUUCCUAUGACCUAUAGCACCACAUACUGUUUAUACCAUACGUAUACAUAAUCUGUUCAAGAGUCAGAUGCCUAAACUUGCUCGACUUCCAACGUAUUGGGAUUUCUCUCUCUCUCUCAAAAUCGACGUGACAAGCUGCCCUCUAAUCUUUAUCUUCAAAUCAAAAGCUGUGCUGAUCUCAAAUCCAAAGUGAUGUAACACCACCAUCUACUGGUGUCUGUUUGUCAGUGCAGUCAUGUAGAAGCUUGAACUUCACAGACAAGCUGGGUGAGACAGUCUUCCACACCUACCCGUAGAAUAAAAUCAAAUACUUGAAAAAUGUAUUUAGCGGUGGCAGGAAACAGUUGGAUUCCAGCUGGCGAAUCUAAAUGUCCACGGCAGUUACUGACUUGAGAAGGGAUUUGGUGGGAACAAAAAAUACUAGUAAUAUCUGUAAAAAGUGAAAGUAAAUGAACAUUUUGGUACAGAUUUUCUGCUGAAAUGAAGAGAAAUCAAUUUAACAUGAAACAUAAAGUUGACAACAUUUGAUUGACUUUAGUGGGCCCCGAAAAAAUGACAUCCCGGGCCUAGAGUUUGACAUGCAGCCUAACAUCCAGCAAAGGAAUUAGCCUCACUGUUCCAAUACUUUUGGGUGGCGAGUGGUCAGUAUUUGUAUUCACCUCACAGCAAAUCGACUUGAAGUUUUAUUUAUUGGUCAAAACUUGACACAUUUCCUGCUGCACGUGACGGGACCAAAGGCAGAAACUCACCAUCUUCCUCCGAAGACGGCCGACAGUUUGUCUCUUGGUAGUGUUUCUCCAAUAUUUGCAGCACAAGUAGUGUGUGUGUGUGUGUUUCAUGCCGGUUUAAUAGUGGUGGUAGUGCGUUAGUUUAAGGGCCAGUGUCAUCGGGCUGGCGUUAGUUUCUGGUUUCUCUGUGAAUGGUGAAGCGGGUCGCCCAACCCUCCACCACCUCACGCGCAUGUGUGUGUGUGUGCGCGCGUGUGUGUGCGCGUGCGUGUGUGUGUGUGUGUGUGUGUGUGGGGCGCUCUGUGGCUGACCGUCAACUUUUUUUGAGGGAUGGGAUCAAAAAUGACAAGAAAAAUACGGAAAAACAGGGAAAAAAAAAAUAUUUGAAGUCUGUUACAGUGUGUCAUGCCCUCGACGAGGUAUGCGAUAUUGCAGGUUUAUUUCUUAUAGCACACGUUUUUUUUGUGAAUUACAUUUUUCGGAAGACAUUUUUAUGAUUAAUUAUUAUUAUUAAUGUAUCUGCUCCAUGUUAGUUCUGGUUCUUUGUUAUUUUUCCAAGAUACAAGAUGUAUUGUAAAUGUUUCUAAUAAAAAGAACAAAAUGAAAAUGA